AUGUCAACGACGUCGUUGCAUCAUGCGCCGAAGAAGCCGAAACGAAGCGAGGUUAGUCGAGUGGCUAAGGAGAAUGUCCAGGGCUCGAAGGGUUGUUGGUUCAAGUCCACUGGAGGGCAUUUGGCUUCUUUUGAUUGAAGUUUGGAGAAAAUAAAUGAUAGAAACUAUGAUUCUGAAGCAUCAGAGAAUCAUAUAAACUUUACUUUUGAAGUUGAAGGUGUAUCAAAGUUUUUCUCUUAAGAAAAAAACAAUAGAAAUGAAGCAAUCAAAUCAAAAAAAGCUUUCUACGUGAAUUUAUGGCAAGAUUUAGAAAUGAAAACUGAAAAUCGAGUUUCAAAUAGGUUUCAACGGCUGAUUAAAAGAUAAGGUCCUGGUUGCAAAAUUCAAUUUAGAGUACGUCUUGCUCUAAAAUAAAUUCGAAAAAUAGGAAAAUUUUCUGCCGAUUAUUGAUAAGAGCUAAAUAUUCGUAAAGGCUCGAAAAAAUUUAGUAAAGAAAAAAAAAGAGCGAAAAUCCUAAUUUUCUCCACGAAAGUGGUAGUUUGCAUGUUUCGAAGCUAUAACUAGAUCAGAAUGCAGUUUUUCUCGAUGCUAUGUGAAAAGGAAAUAAUGAGUUUCCUACGUUCCUUAGUAAUAAGACGGAAAAAGAUCGAAAAUCUCCCUAGCGCUAUAAUAAAAACAGGUAAAUUCGCUGAGCUUCGUACCUUCUAAAACUAAAAUUGCCUUUAUAAAGCUUCAAAAAAAAAAAAAUCUUUUCCAGAUGCUUCAAAGGACCGAGGAAGAUUCUGUGACGGAUCCCAGUUCAGGGAUUUCGACAGAAGAUCCGUCGAUUCUGGAAGUGACUUCCAGCGAAGACACGUCUUCCACGUUGUUUUUCGUGAGAAUCCAACCGACCGACGUCGAUCCGCCGACCAAAAAAGAGAUCGAGAGACAGUUCGAACUUUUUCAGGUGAGCAGAAGAGAAAAAAGUUUGAACUUUGGGUGAAAGUUUCAAAACUUCAUUCAAAGCCAAAAUUCUCAUUUUCUACUUCAAAAAGGAAACAUCCGAACUUGAAUAUAUAAUGAUAAAAUCUUAUACGAUAAAAAAAUCACAAGGAACAGGAUUUUUUGAGGAGACUUCAGCGAAUUUCUAUCAAAUUAUAAACUUUUUAACCCCGUGAGAGGAACUUUUCUUUCAAUUUAUACUUCAAAUGCGAGGAAAAUUCUGAUAAAAUCAUUUUUAGUCGAAAUGUAACGAAAGUCUUUUUUCGUUCCUUAAAAUAAUACUCGAGGACUUUUUUCUCGAUUGUCUCAAAAGAACAUUCCCCAAUUUUAACUCUUUCAGGACUUGUCCAAAAGCGGAAUCGAGCCGGAGUGGACAGACGCCUUGGAUUGUCUGCAUUUGUCGCCGGAAAAUCAGGAUUUCUUCGUGGUUCCGUGCUUCCGCGGGGAGACUUUCCGAAAGCUACUGAGCAUCGGAUUGAGGUGGGAAACGAGAAAAGAAUUGAGUUAUUUUGAUUUUGCUCUUAUUUCUUCUAGGAUUUCUGGUAAGCUAGGGAAAAAAAUAAGUAAUAAGGUUUAAAAAAAAUCUUUUUUUGUUAGGUUUAAUUGAUUAAAAAAAGGAAAUGUUUCAACUCAAGAUUUUUUUCAUGCAAAAAAACUACGCCUUGGUAAUGCUUUAUUCAUUUUAUUAUUAAUUUUGACCUUUUUCAGAUUUGCCGAAAACCUGCCCUUUAUUUUUUUAAAAUCUAUCUUCUAUAAAAAAAUUUAGCAAAGUCUGUUUUUUUCAGUAAAUCAACUUUUUACGAAAAGUGUAACUAUUCAAGCAAUAAGAAAGUGCUCAAAGUGUCUUCCUCGAUGUUCAAAGUUUUCUCUGACCCUCCAAAAACAAGUUAUCUUUCUUAUUCUCUGACGGUUGUGUUUCGCGGAAUAAUUUUUUUACAUGGAGUGACGCUUUCAUACGAGAAUAUUAAAAAAACAAUUUCAAACAGAUUCAAAAAAAUAAUAGAGAAAAAGUUAUUUUUUUCAGUUUCCAUUUUAGGAUUUACGGCACCCCGAUUGUAAUCGAAUGUGUGGAGAAGUCGCAGCCGCUGCCUCGUUGGAAACAUCCCGUUUUUUCGAAUGUUUUCGAAGGAGUCAAAGUUUGCUUCACGGGUAUCGAGAUGGACAGAAGGGUUGGUUUCGUGAAAAUCAUAAAGAUAGCAAAAAAUUUUCGUUUUUUUUCGCUCUUUGACGAAACGUCAAAAGCUCCUCAAUAAGUCAGAAAAGAUCUUCUAAGGGUCUUCAAAACGGUGUUUAGAGGCUAACAGAAAAAGGAGCUGAAAAGCCUUUUUCCAUCCUUUUAGGAACUUUUAGAGGAACCUUUUCAGCUUUUUCUGGGUCGUUUAUGAAACAUUUCCUUUGUUUUAUGGUGAAAAUUUGCUGAGAAUCAAGUUUUCUAGUUUUUUUUAUUUUCGAUGUCUUUUAAUUGCAAAAGUAGGGCGAAAAUGUAAAAAAAAAUCCAGCAGUGAUUUUUCAACAGAUUAUUUUCAAAUUAUUUUUUAUUCAAAUUCAUUCACAGGCAAAGGAACAAUUUUUCCCUCAGAUUACUUUCAAUUAUGGAAAAAAAUUGUGAUUAUUAUUUUGCUUAUAGAAAUCCCUACGAGAAAAGGUCUCGUGGAUGAACGGAAUUUUCACUGAUAAAUUAUUUCCUGGAGUUACGCAUUUGAUUGCAUCGAAAGCGGAUUCUCAAUCGGAAAAAUAUAAGGUUUUUUUUUCGGUUUUUUCAACCUUUUUCAGAGGAACUACUCCUCAAAAAAUAAAUCGAAGAUGUUCGUUUGAAGGAAUGCGGCCGUGCUGGGAUCCCAAUAAUGAAGCCGGAAUGGAUCGAGGAUUUGUGGGAAAAGGCGGCGAACAAUUCGGAAGUCACGGCGAAACAUCCGGACAUCCUCGAGGCCUACAAGAUGCCCCUGUUCGAGGGAUUGGUGAAUACUUUUCAUUUUCAAAACAGCAAAAUCCUUUCUAUUUCCAACACAUCCACACAUUUAUUCAGUCUCUAGAGAAGAGAUUCUGCUAAGAUGGAAUAAUUUUAUUUUCGAAUUUAUUUUCAAUGUUUAAUACUUUUUGAAAUUUAUAUGCCGGCAAAAUGGUUCCGCGAAAGUCGAAAUAGCCGUCAGAGUGGAAAAAGAAAAACUAAAUAUUAGAAAUUCAGAGAAAUUUUUGCAAUUGGCGGAAAUUACUUAGAACAAAAAUUAAAUUUCAAAAAUAAGCUAUCUUUGAUUUUUUUCUUUCGAGGAUGGAUAACCAUUUCUUGGAAAAAAAUACUCAUUUUUCAAAAAAACUUUACUGUUAUAAAAUUCGAUUUCGAGCUACUUUUAAAUUCAAUUUUCUCCAUUCGAGUAGAGCUCUCCAGUGUAUUUGACCUCGUCAUAUGUAUAUUCUGAUUUUAAAAAAUAGCAGUGUUUAGUAUAACUUAUUGAGUGCAUAACAAUGUCGGGAAUCGUCGGAGAAGAUCGAACGGCAAACGGGCGACUGAUUGAACUGAAUGGCGGGAAACUGCUGCCAAACAUGCCGAGAUCGAGGUGCACACACUUGAUAACGGAUAAAGUGGCCGGCGAGAAGUUCAACAAGGUGAAAUCUCGAGGACUUUGAACAGAAGUUGGAGAAAAAUCACUUGAAGCUCAGUUUUGGAGAUUCGUCAUUGUUCUUCCAUCCAAAAAAUGAAGGAGCUAAUUUAGAUACAAAAAAAAAUGGGAUCCUGGAAAAAUUUCCAAAAAUAUAGGAUCUCCAGGCCUAUGAACAUUUUAUUUAAACUUAUGACGGAAUCAAAAUUUCUCAUAAAUAGACAAACAUUUCAUAAAUGAUAAUUUGGCAUUCUUUACUAAAAACUAAAAAAGUCAAACGGAGUUGCGUAAUUUUUGAACAAUCGCCAAAACCGCAUCGCGAUCGCUUCGCACACAUUCCGAGCCGCAGAUUAACUAUUUUUGAUCUUUCUUCAGAUCAGGAGAAGUUUAUUUCUGAUGAUUUACAGGCAACCGAGUGGGGAACUGUCCGGAUAGUUCAUUCACGUUGGCUUCGGAAGUGUAUCGCAGCUGGCUAUAUUCUAGAUGAAGCGUUAGUUUGAAUUGAAAAGAAAAUGGGCGGAGAGUGGAAUCUUUUUUGGAAAUUCCAGGAGUGUUCGCAAUACUAGGAACGCUAGAGUGGUCCCUAGAAAGGUUGAGGGAAAAUACAGCCCCGAUAGAAGACAAAAUAGGGGUGUGUAGAGGCGUCAACUUCAGAGGGUCCUUUCAGGGGUUUUUGGUCCUUGAAGGGGCCCCUGGGGUUGCCCCUACAGUGAGCACUUUGCCGUUCCUCAGUAUUAUUCUAAAAAUCGACUACAAAUUUCCUUAUUUUGAGCAGACCGUUAGAGUGACAAGGAGAAGCUUAAGAAGAUGGUUAUUUUAAAAGCCCAUUAUCUUUAAACUUCAAAAUGAUAAAUAUAUCAUUUUAGUAAAUACCACCCGAAAAUCGCGACGAUAGACAAGAUCCGAUCCAGCACUCCGGUAAAAGACGCGGUCAACGUUAGUCAGCAAUUCGCCGAUGUUUCCUCAAUCGCUGGUUCGAAAAUCCAAGGACCCUUGUUCAGCUACAACUUUCAGGCCCCGGCGGCAAACUCAACACGUCUUGCUCUUCGUUUCUGGGCACGCCGACGUCGUCUUCCUCGUUCGUCGCGAUGAGAAGAUUCAGUCAGAAGUCGGCCUCAAGUGGCGCCUCGGUUGUUCAGGUCACGAAAUCGGCCGCUUCGAUGAUUUCCAACAAAACUCCAUUGGCUGACGCGUGAGUUUGUUCUUCGACUAGACAUUUGACUUCUUUUAUUUUUGAAACGUUCGGUUGCGAAAACCUUUUCCUCGAAGUGUAUGUCACUUUUUUCUGGACCUUUCUCUGAAUUUUUUCCUCUGAUAAUCAUUUGCCUAUUUGAAAGGCGCUAGAAAGAACAUUGAAAAGUUCCUGCCUUGACCAGGAAUCUAAUUGAGAAAAUGUUUUAGAGAUAUGAGUUUUCGAAUUUCGCGUUCAAGACGAAUUUAGGUCUGAAACCCAUGUUGCGCAACUUUUAAAGUUUUUAUCCCUAAAGCUAAAAUUUUUGUAAGUUUGGAACUCCGAGAACAUCGAAAUUUUAUUGAGAACUUUCACAGGCAAUUCCAAAAUACUAGAUGAAAAGACUCGACAUGUCAAAUAGUGAGUGAGAAUAAAGGACAUCAAUUUUUUCAGAAGCAAUAUCUUGUCGAGAAGAUCUUCGAGUCGAAUGGUACUGAACGGGACGCCGACGACAGGAAUUUUCCCUCAGAAAACCCUCGAUCCGACGGAUGUCCUCGACGUGACUUCUGCCGCUGACUUUGACUUCCUCGAGGUCUUUUUUGUCACUUUUUGAAAAGUAGGUCGCGUCUUGAAAACUUUCUCUGCGCCCUCCUCGUCUCUCGGCGACCCUCUCAUAUUGCCGUGCUGUUUUCAUGUCUUUCUUACCAAGCCGUUGAAAGAACAAAGAGACGAAGGCAUUCGAAAAUUUUUCAAGUCGCGGUGAAUGAACUAUGCUUCCUGUUUGCUUGAUUUUGGGCCUCAAACGAAAAUUCAAUGAAUUUUUUUUUUCAAGGGCUGUCUGGUGUGGCUGUGUGGCGUGGAGGCGACGAAAACUGAGCGAUGGAGGAAAAUUUUGGAUCGGUUCGUUUCAAAACAGGAAAAAAUCAGGAUUUUAAAAGAUUACAGUUUGAAAAAUAAUGCUCGGAUUUCACUGAUAUUUUCUCAGUCUUUUGAAAUAUGUCCGCAAAAAAGGUGUCUGGAAAAUGUCGUGGGAAAAGUAUAGAAAUAGUGUGUGAGAAUGAGAGCGUUCUACAGUAACCUUUAUGUUUUUUUAAAAAAGAAAAGAAAAAGUCCAUUUUCGAAACAUUUUGUGAGAAAAACACCAUAAAACGAUUGUUGACUCACCCUGAAAAGGUGCACUUUUUAUCAUCUCUCUUUAUAUUUCUGUUUUUUUCCCACUUUCCUUUCCGGAAAUGAACCGACGCCCUUUUAUAUUACCUUUCUUUUCAAUGUCGGAAAGCAAUCAGUCUGGCCUUUUGCAAGUUUUAUUUUGGUUUUAUUUUGGCUUUUUUGCAGGCUAAUAGUUUUUUUUUUCGAAAAUUUCUGCCCGAGUUUUUCACUGAAGUUUACUAGGGAACGUUUUCAUUGAUGAAGUCCAUUUUAGGGCAGUUUAAAAUCUCCUGAUUACAAGAGAAAAAUUUCUCACAGAAGUUCGAAAAAAAGAUAGAAAUUAUCAUUCCCCUGUCGAAAAACUUUUUCAUACAUAGGCUGAGCUUCUCUAACCAUAAGGGUUUUUUAAAAUUUUUACUCAUCAAAAUCCAAAUCGGCUUCAGAACCGGCGCUACGCGCGUCCAACGCAUCGAGGCCGCAACCCACGUGAUCGUCGUCUCUGCGUCUCCGCAGGACAAGCCGCUCCUCCGGAAGGCGUCCGGCAGGACCGACGUCGUCGUCGUGACGCCGCACUGGAUAGUCGAGUGCUUCAAUCAGAAUGACCUCGUCGGACAUGAGGGUUCGUCGAGAGUUAGCGAAGUGAAACUUAUUCAUAGGAGCUUGCUCAGGUUUUUCUUUGCUUUGCGUCUGAAUUCCAAAAAUAAUUUUGAACUGUUGAACAUUGAAUGCUUUGUGAAUAUCGGAUUUCUGGAUACUAUACAUUUUUCGAUAAAAUUUGUUGAAUUUUAUGUUUUUCAGACUUUCUUUGGUCUGAAGAUGCGACUCAAAACGACUCCUCUUCCAUAGCAGAAAUCGCCAGGGUCCUUCGUUUCCUUUUUUUCGAAAUAAACAUUUGAAUUUUUCAGAAAAGACGAUCAAUUACUCCGAUUGAACCGCCCGAGCACGUUUCGGCCGUUUUGACCAAUUCUGAGGAAAAAACAGCGCCGCCUGUAGAAGUUCCACCUGUUCAGGGGAUUUUUAGGUACCUGAAAAGAUCGGAAAAAAGAAAAAAGUUAUGAAAAUUCAGUGGUUUGACGUUCCGGACGUUUGGCUCAGCGGUGAGUCCGGAGAAAACUGAGGAAAUCGCCGAUUUAAUAAGGAAGAAUGGAGGUUAGUUGAAGGGUUCAUCUUUUUCUUUUAGACUCUGAUUUCGAUCUUAGAGUUGUUCAAUUCCAGGUACUUUUGUCACGGCGAAAGCUGCCAACUACGCGAUUUCGGACGACACGAUUUUGGACGAUAUUCCUGUUGAUUGUCUGCGAUCGAUUUCUGUCACCUUGUUUUAUAUUGUCAGUUUUUUGAAUUCAAAUCUCAACGAAAAAUUAAAAGUCUAUAGGGACCAUUUAAGCUUUAGGGACUUAUGGGUCAAACCAAAAACCCCUUUAGGGGUCACUCUGGUGUUCCUAAGAAAUUUUUUUUCCCACAAAGAUGGUCAUUUUUCUUCGGGGUUCAGAAUUUUCUGAAGAUCGGUCAGAAAUUCUCUCGUAGUUCCAGAAAAAGUUCUCGAAAGUAUCAACCUGAAAAUCAUCCGGUUUUGAGAGGAAAAAGUUGAGGAAAGCCUAUUUUGACGUGUUUUGUGGGUUUUCUUCGACUCUCCGGCGAAAAAGUUGGCUGUAGGUUGAGAUUUUCAGAUUUCGAUCUGACCUGUUUUCGAAAAAAAGAGCAUGAAGAAAUGAAAAGCCCAUGAGAAAGAGUGAGAAGAGUUUGAUUUUCAGAAAAGAUGCGUCGAAGAAAAGACGAUCCUCCCUGUGGAUUCCCAUCCACUGAAUCUUCCCCUUCCUUCCCAUCGAACCUGCACAGUUUUUCAGGACGUCGUGGCCGUCAUUGAAGGCUUCGGGGAUCAGGAAAAGGUGGAAAAUCAUCAAGAAGAGUUGUUUGUAUCUAAACACCUUUUGUUCAGGUAGUUAUUGGGAAACUGAUCUCUGAUCGAGGAGGCCACGUUCAGGAAGUGAUCAGCUUGAAGAGGAAGUCGGAUCAUGUGGUGGGUUCUGAAGGAAAUCAAGAAUUCAGUUAGAAAGCUGCGAUAAAUAUAGAAAAUAAAAUAAUCUCGAGCUUUUUUUGAAUAUUUAGCUGUUUAUAGCGGUUAGCGGGGUGUACAUAACGGAAAAAUUGAUUUUUCAGGUAUCAUUUUAUCGUUUUUACAUCAUUUUCCAAGAAAUGUGUUUUGAACCAUGACUAAAAAAGAAUGAAGCACCAGAGUUUGGGAGUUUUUUUUUGGUCGCUCUGUUGGUUGUGGCGAUUUCGAAGUGUGUAUAGGACGCGGCCCGAGACAUUCCCUGGGAUUUCGUUCAUUCUCUUUACAGCGAGCCGUGACGCACAUGAUUGUCGGCAGCGAGACGGCGCGGGUGCAGAAGGCCAGGACCACGUCGAUGAAGGUGCGCCAGUCAUGAUUAUACCUCUUUUGGAGUCAGAAUUGAAUCGAUUCAUGGUUGAAGUCUAUAUUAGAGUCACUUUUCACAUAUGAAAUCGUAUUUCGAAAAGCUAGUUGUCAAAAAUCAAGCAUAUGGUCGAAUUUUUGAAAAAAUCAUUUUUUUUUAACCCGCAGGCUUGAAAAUAAAAAUAAAGGUUUAAGCCGAUGAAAGUGCGUCAAUAAUAAUUUAACUCUUUUUCAAAGUCCAAAUAGAAUCGAUUCAUGGUUAAAGCUUACCAUAGGGUCGUUUUCAACAUAUGAAAUUGUGUUUCGAGAAGUUAGCUGUGUAAAAUCGAUUUGUUGAAUAAAGUUUUGAGUUGAAGCUUGGGGCUUGAAAAUGGACAUGGCUUCAAAGUAAGUCUCAGUAAUUUCUAGCGGUUUCUCGAAAAAAAUAAUUAUUGAACUUUCCUUGUUAGAUCAUGAUAUUAUGAGCCAUUUAGGGACCAUUACAAUGCUUAUCACAUACUUUUUUUAUUAUAUGAAUAGAUAAAUUUUUAUUUGAUGUGAAAGAAUGACUAAACGUUGAGAAAUUUGGUUACAUCCUAAGUGCUUGUCGCAGACUUUUAGAAGAGCAGUGAAUAGUUUAAGAAUUUUUUUGGUUUGAAAUUAGAAGAAAGAGGGAUUUUUUUCAGAUUGUCGAUCUCUCGUGGGUCAUCGAGUGUGCCUCGUGGAACAAGCUUUUCCCCGUUUCCAAGUUUUUGUUUCAGGUUCAUUUCUUUUAUGAAAUUGAAAAAGAUUCCCCUAAUCUCACCAAAAAAGGUUCAACAUUUUUUGAAAAGAAAAGUAGCUAAGGAGUUAUUUGGAGUGUUAUUCUCCUCAUAAGAUUUUUAUUAUCUAAUUCGAAAAUGUUAAUUCUAAAUAUCAAUAAUUCUUUUUGUAUUUUUUGAAGUAAAUGUGUCCUCUGACAACCGGACAUAUCAGAAAUUCGAAUAUCUUGUAGGAAACCAAAUUCUUCGGUUACAAUGGCCGAACGGACAUCAUUUGGGAGAAAUGCGCCAAGAUCUACCUGUUGCCGAAUAUUUCCCAACGAGUGUCGAGUUUCGUCGCGCCUUUUGUCGAUGAGGACGAUUUCACGGAAGUCAUAGUUCCGGGAGAAGAAGCUCCUCAAGAGGUAAAUUCUUUAAAAGAAAAUUCGAAAUGAGUUGAUCCGGGAAGCUGUUUUGAAAUUCAGUCUGAGAAAACUUGAUGGAGGAUCGAAAUCGGAAUUAAAAAAUGUAGAAUUUGCUUUUCCAUGGAGCGAACAAGCUCAAUCCGUCGCGGCCAUUUUUUCUCAGAUAAAAAACCGCUGUAGACUGAAUUUCAUAAAUUUCUCCAAAAAUAAUUUAGCCUUAUAAUUUUUUUUUUACUUUACAGUUCCUUCAGCUACCCUUUCGAGCUCUCGCCCUCCUUCGUCAAAACUUUCGAAAAUUCUGUUGUUUAAAACGAUUUGGAAAAGGAAAAAGCCGGGCUUAUCCGCCGAAUUAUCCAUACCUGCGUAGGAGAGCAAAAUUUACGGGGGUGUAAAUUUGGUUUGGAAGCUUAAAAUAUCCAUUUUUACGUUUGAAGCUUCAUCUUUUUUCAGGUUUUUGUUUGGUUUCUUGACGUAUAAAAUAAAGUUUUGAAAGCGUAAAAGUGAGGGUGUUAAUCUGGCUCCUGUCCGGAUUAUUUUUGGAUUUUUUUAGUUUCAUUUUACGAAACUUUCUUCGAAAAAAAUGAAUCAAACAAUAGAAACUAGGAAAAUUCAAAGAAAAAAAUCCAAUAAAAAAAUACAGUAGAAUAUCAAUGCAUUUUUUGAAACUUUUGAAAGAAUUAAAUUUUUCGGAAGCAGAGAUGUUCAAAAUUUUUUUUUAAGUUUUCAAUUGUUAAAAUGCUUUCUGGGCUUUAUUGAUGUGGUAAAGGUUUUGAAGUACGUAUUCCUUCAUCGUUUGACUAAUUUCCGAGUCAGUUUUCUUAAAUUCACAAAAGUUUCUUUAUUUUCUAAGAUUUUUUUAAUUUGCGCCACAAAACGCUCUCAAAUCUUAAUGAAAACUAUUUCGCAAUUAACAUACUUUGAUUUCUGGUCAGGUUACAAUUGACAUGAAAUUUGUUUAAAAAACCCGAAAUCUCAGAAAAUUUAAAACCCAAGCACGAUUGAGAAUUCUACACAUUUUGGACACUCAAACUAUUCAGAACUAAUAUAAUAUUCAUAAUUUACAAAAAAAUUGUGACAAUUUUAAUUUUAAAAAAAUGAAAAAAACCUAGAAGAUCGAUGUUCGAUGCAGAAAAAAAAUUAUUUCCUCAGAUUUUUCUUCAAUUUUUUUUCCGAGUUGAAGAAACCCUGAAAGAAUAUUCAUCGAUCUUAAAACCGAAUUUCAUUCAAAAAUCGAUUUUCGAAGGCUUUGAAGCUCUGCAUUUCCCGAUAUAACAUUAAAACAACUCUUUUUAGUUUAUUUUUAUAUAUUUAAGUUCUUUUUCAAGCUAGUGUCUGUCGAAAAUUGCAGUUAGAAGGCCUAGAAGGAUAGAAUGUUGUAAAAUGACACGGAAAAACUGAUUUCUCAUUUCAUAAAAUUUGCCCUUUUUUUCAAGGUCAAGUCGGUUUUUGUGAAAAAAAUCCUAAGAACCGAAUUUGAUUCAAAAAUUGCACUAAAAAAAUUCCUUUUUGAGUUGAUUUUUUUAUAAAAUAAUCUUUUUUCCGAGUUAAAGUUCUUCAAAUAUUUUAUUUUUGAAAGCCAAGAAGUACUUUUCAGCUUAAAAUAACACUGAAAACUGCUUUUUAUUAUAAUUCCACAAAUCUUCCCAAUGGUUCUUUGAACACCUCCGGCAAAGAUUUUGCGAGCAGACUCCAAUCUUCUCAUUGAACCCAUUAAUUGUUGCAGACCGAGGUGCCGGAACACGUGUUGCCCCGGUCGAAGGAAGUCUUGGAUUAUCGACAGCCGUUCAAAAUGAAGUAGGCCAGAGAAAAAGAGACAGAGAAAAAAAGUUGCAUCCUAAUCCGCCUUUUUAUUGGAUUAUUAGGACGAAAAUCUGGACAUUGAUGUUGCGAUUUUGCUUUUCAUUUCUAUAUAUAUAUAUACAUUUCAUUAAGCGAUCCUGGAAGAUUUGGUCGCAUUUGGAAUGGCUCGAAGCGUUUUAGUUGAGAAAAAUGUUACAGUUAGAACCAAAAAGUGUAUAUAGACGUUUUUUUUUUAAAUUUGAAGUUGUUGUAUAUUUUAUUUUCGGCAAAUUUGAAAGCUCUGUUCUCAUCUGGGUAAAAACGGAAGAUAUGGCAACUUUUUUUCUCUUUCUUGGAUAAAUUAUUACUUGAAACACAAAUAACCUGAAUUGUUUGUGACUUUUCGAUUCAAAACCUUAAUUAAUAAAUUGAGAAUUAUCAGGCUUGAAAGAGAAUAUAUUCUCAUUUCUUGAUUCAAUUCAAAUUUUAAUUGAUUACAGUCUGAACCUCGACGGUCUGACUCAAGUUCUCGACGCGAUUCCGUCGCCGAAGGCGCAGAAAGAGGCCAAUGAAACUAUGGUUCGUUGAUUUUUCUGAAAGUUUUGGAUUUUUUGUUUCGGAUUCUGGUUGCUUUUCGGAAUUUUUUUUUCUUUAUAAAUCAAAUGAGAUCGAUUUCUAAAAGCUAGAUUAGUCUCUCGGAAUGUUCAAAAUCCCAAUAUUCGUGUUCAAAUCAACACGAUUUUUGUAAGACUUGGUUGACUCUAAAAAAAAACAUCGAAAUCCAGAUUUUGAUGCUUCGAACUUCAAAAAAAAAAGCUGUAAGACUGGGAAACAGCUUUCCUACUGGGAACAUUCAAGGAAUUUAGACCUUGCGCCUCAAAAACUCCACCAAGAGUUUGACAACCGAUUUUCGUAAUUUGGAGGCUUUUUUCAGUCUUAUCGGUUAUAUCAUAUCAUUUCCAGACAACCACAUUCGUUGGACGAAUCCUCCACGAGGCGGUUCAACGCACCGGAGUCAAGGAAGAAGUUCCGAGCCUUGGAGAAGAAGUCAGAGAGAAACGGAGAGAAGACGUUCUCAAAAGAUUGGCUGAUCCGCCGGCGGAUGUCAAGUGUGCCACUAGUGUACACUUUGAGAAGAUAAAGGUUGGUCUGGCGAUUUGGAAGCGGAAAGUUCGCUCUAAAGACAAACUCUGACAAACUCGGACCGAACCGGAUGCGCCUCGGACACUGUGACGUCAGUCCCCUAAAGUGAUCACUAGAAAAAAGCCAAGGGUGAUUGAAGUAAAAGAACUUUAACAAACAAAAAGAAGAAUUUUUUUUAAUUCUAAUUUUUUUUUUCGAAUUUUUUUUAAUAAAUGUACCGACCAUUUUUUGCAAAGGACUUCAGACUUAAUCCAAAAAAAUUUUUUUUCUGUGGUUGAAGAAAAAAAUGUUGGAAUUUUUCUGAGCGCCAGCUAGUCCUAAUCUCUGAAACAAGACUCAGAAGCUGCAAUUUAUUAUAAAGCUUUACGAUCAAAAUUUCAAAAUUUUAACCAUUUGGAUAGAUUUUUGGGGAUGAAUAUAUUUUUUUUCUGAUUUUCCUAGGUUUUAUUUGAAGUUUUUAAAGAUUUGCGUAGUUUUUUUAAUAUUAUUUUUUUAAGUGACAAAUGUAGGGAAUCAAAAAAUAACUUAGCGAAAGAAGUCCUUCAAUAGCAAGACAUCAUUUAAUGAAGAUCAACAAAAAACUAUAAUAAUCUUUUUUUUUCUCUGAAGCCUUUUUGGAAGCUUUGAGAAGCUUGCCAGUUUGGCACCAGUUUCCUAUAUUUUAGGGACCUUCUGAAAGACCUUCCUGACGAUUUUGAAAGAUCCAAAUUCCCUGGAACUUUUAAAAAAUGAGACUUAGUCUCGAGACCUUUAAUUAAUAAGUUCCUUUAAAGACCUUAGUAGGGCUUUUUUUUCUGAUCUCCGAUUGGAAAGAGAGGGCGGCACGCAAUCUGUUGCUUUCAUCAUCAGUUAAAACCUUCCUCGUUUUCUCUCCCUCAUUCUCGAUUCCGGAAUAUCAGACCGCCCUUUUUUCGGAUUCCAGACUAAUGAUAUUGGCAACGGAGGCGAGAUUUCGCGUCGGGGCGCAUCUGCUAAUGCCUCAAUCGCCUCGAACACCUCGACAAAUGGUCUGAAGCGACUUCGGACCAAGGUUCUUGGUUUUUUUUUGUGUUUUCAAAUGUUUCUAAGAUAACUACUCAGUCCGGUGCGAGAUCGCGACGAUCUCGCAAUUCUUGCAGGCGCGACUUCGCAUUUCUCUUGGUGCGGUCUCGCUUUUAAGUAAUUAAAAAGAAACUUUUGAGUGCGAGACAAAUGCGAUAUUGUUCCGAAGAAGAUACAUCUUAGGCGCGGCUACAAACGGCACAAUUUUGCUAUCAUCCAAUGCAAAAGAGCUCGCUUUCUUGUGAAAUGAAUUUAUCUGUCUAGUUUGGCGCGGGAUAAAAGCGAGGUCGCUGAUGGUAGAUCGACGACGAGCUGCCCUUGUGCUGGUGCCCGGAAACCGGGCUUUAUACCUAUAGGUGGAAGCCUCGAAAAGAGAGCGACCAAUUCGAGUAGAGAUUUUACAUUCUUAUUAUGAAUUUCUGUCCUCUUUUUCCAGAAUAGGAGAGUAAAGUUUUUUUCUCAAUACUCAAAAGUCCUGAUACUUUGUAGAAAGCAAGAUGAGCAAUGAAAUCUCGGCGACAUAUUAUUCACGCGUAGAUGCUGCCGUUUUUAAUCUUUCAUUUUUUUUUUCGCAUUUUCUGUUUCAGGAACCUCUUGAAAAUGUCCCUCCAGCGAAAAGAACGCCGUCGGGAGGAUCUUCAGAAACGUCAAAGCUUUGCGAUGUGAGGAAAAAUUCAUUAUUUCUAUUUCAGGCCAAGAUUUCUCUGCACCUCUAUUUCUUUCGCGCUAUUACCAUGUCCUAUGACGUCGCCAGUGAGAAAAAAGAGAGCGCAGACAAGUCAGGCAGUUCCAAGUUUUGGCGAAUGGAGUUUAAAGCGUUUUGGAAUUUUAUUUAACAUAGUUUAGAACUCGAAAAAUUCCUGAUUUUUUGAUUUUAUUUGGAAGAUUCUUUUUUUUAUAUAGAACAUGGAAGCAACGAAUCUGUCGGCCAAUGAAAAUCACAAAAAACUCGAGCCAAACCGGAAAGAAUUCUCAACGGUCGUUUCAAAUGCCAGCACUAUAAGCUUGCCGCCGGAAGCACGUUUGAUGUAAGUUUCGAAGGUUAAAAUGAGAAAAAUGAGGUUAAUCGGUUGAAAUCUGUCCAGAGAAAUUCAAGGAAGACUUGUUUCCGUAGAGUACAAUAUAAUGUACUGAACUUCUAGAUCUUCAACUUCCUUGGUUUAUUAAACGUUUGGUAGAAGAUUUGGUAAUACCCAAUCAUUUUUUUGCAUGAUUUCCCAUCCAGUUACAAAACAUCCUUUAUCGUCAAGGCUAACUCCCAAAAAAUGAAGGGGGUUACAUAGGUGGUUAAUUACCUUGUGUUCUUCUUCUUCCCUAAAGCAUCGCCAUACCAUCUUGAUGUUGCAAAAAAUAAGGUGAUUUAUUUAUUGAUGGGUUUUGAUUGAAUAAAUUCGAAAGUUCAGCAGGAAUUGCCAAAUUCGACGUAAUUCGUAGCAUUGUAGGGAAAUAAUGGAAUAAUUAAAAGUAUCGAGAAUUUUUCAUAUGUAGUACUAAGGCUGAAGAUGAGGAACAACCAGUUAGGAAAAUUUUUGAUUGAAAACUUUUAGAAACCCAGCGACACAAGCUCUAGAUGGCGUUUCACACCACCUCGGAUUCCUUAAAAUCCUAAUUUGAUGCAGCAAAAGUCAUGAGUUAAUGAAAUUCUCAAAGAACUUUUCUUGAGAAAGUUAUCAAAUUCAACGUAAUUUGGAGCGUCGUAGGAAAAUAAUCGGAUUCAGUCUUCGUCGUUCGACACCAGAAGCGAUGCGGCCGGCGUUGAUGGAUGAGGAUUUCGAGAACACCCGGGAUCCGUCUUCUGUUCAAGACUAUCAGCGGCGGUUUCUUCUCAGCGGCUUCCCCAAGGAGGUACUUGAGGGAUAAAUGGGCUAUAAGGGUGCACGCUAUUUCCAUGAAAAACUCAAUAAGUUAGCGCUUCUUGAAUGAAAAAAUAUCAAAAGUGGAAUAAUCGACAAAUUUUUGUUAAAUACCCUUUUUUAUAUUUCAAGUUACAACAAAGAAAUGAAAGGUCAAGGCUAUAUCUGAUCCUCUACAAGGAUCGCCGGAAUUAUACUCCUGUAGGGACCACUCUGGCGGUGUAAGCUCUGUUAAAAAUUUACAAAGAAAAAAAUAAAUAAAAAAAUAGGAUGAAUAGAAAAUGAAAAAUGAAUAGAAAAAAAGAAAAAAAUAUAUAUAAUAAACUCUUAAAAAAAGAAAUUAAUCUCUCUGAAGAAUUUCGUAUUUGAUUUUACACCGUUCUUCCUGUUUUCGCAGGCUCUUUGUUCUUAUUCCAAAUAUUAGGCAUUUUCUGUUCUUGAUUCAAAUUGCUCCAUUUGCAGGUCCGAAAAUCACUGGAAGCCGAUAUCGAAGGCCUCGGCGGCCGCGUCGAUCCCGAUUAUCACCGCGAUUCGACCCAUCUGCUCUGCACGAAAUUAGUGAGGGAUUAUGGUUUUUGGUCCGAGAAUCAAUUCUUCUAAUGUAGAAAUUUCCUAAUCCCACCUUCAAAGCUUAUAAUGGCCACAGAACGGGAAAAUGUCCCUUUUUCAACUUUCUUAAUCGCCUUUAUUUUGUCCAUUUUCUUUGAACUCCGAAGAAUUUGGAAGGUAACAUUAAAAAAAACUCAUCUGAGCUUUAAAAAAGUAAUUUAUUUUUAGUCAGUGAGAAGAAAGUUUUUGGGUUAUGUUUUUAAUUUUAAAGACUCGUAAAAUUAAGUCAAAAAGAGGGGGAAAAUUUGAAGUGUAUGACGAUUUUUGGUUUGAAUAUGAAUUUUCGAACCGUCGUGAACGAUUUUUUAGUCAACACGUUUCAGAAAAAGUUUACAGAUUAUUUCUAGUUGAAAAACGAAGAUUUCAAAACUAUUUGGCUCUUUUUGUCUUUGAAGCCCGUAUAAAUGAAAAAAUCGAUUUUUUGCGUUUUCAUUUUUCUUGGCUCUUUAAGGUUUUCACGUACUUUUAUAAAAUUGUCAUUAUUAUCAUUUUCUUUCUGAUCAGAUCCGAGGAACGAAACAACUUGCAAUGGUGGCGGCUGGAAAGUGGUGCCUCGUACCGGAAUAUAUGGACGCUUGUGUUAAGGUUCUUUUGUUGUUUGAAAAGCUCUUUUUCAAUGAAAGUUGCGUUUUUUCUCAAGCAAUUUGAAUUUGAAGUAGUUGAGAAAGCGAAAUUUCGGUUUUUAUUCACACUUUCGAUUUGCUUAGAAAAAUGGACUUAUUAAAACAGACAUAAAUUGUAAAAGAGCAAUUUAGAAAAACAGUUUCAUGUCCUGGACUGCCUAAUGGAAGUUUUGCAAUUUUGGAAAUAGAAAACGAAAUGUUCUGAACAAAGAUUAGUAAAUUAUUUCGCAGAGGACUAAAAUGGCACAAGGGACUCCUUAAGCGCUAAUGAACAUUUUGAGGCCGGACGAUGGCUUCCCGAAGAAGGCUACGAAUGGUGUGAAGGAAGGGUCGAGAGAUCUGCAACGGAACAAGAAAUCCAACUGGCGCGAUGCUGUCGACGCUGGCGACAGCGCAUUUCCGAAAUGCCGCCCAUGAACUCCAAUUGUUGGGUGAGUUCGAAGGGAAACAACUGUAGAGAGCUGGAUAUUCUUCUUCCUACGCCUUUGUUCCUCGUGGAACCAAUUCGAUGAUGAAUGGUCCUGUCCUGUUAUCAGUGGACUGGCUCUAGUCCCUUAUCCGUCCUUGUGGGGGUUUCGAAGUCGUGCUUUCCCACUAUCCAAAUUCCUUAAACCCCUUGGUUGGAUCGCGGCGGGAAUCGAACUUGUGACCCUCUGGUCCGUAGACUGGCACACAACCUGUUGCGUGUCUUUAGAGAGUUGAAUUUCAGUUUUUCAGAAGGUUGAUCACUUUUUGAAGCUCCAUUUCUUGAGAGCGAUGGGAAAAAUCAUAAAUUUUUGUGAAUUUUUACAGAAAACUGUUCGUUUUUCAUUCAAUGAGUAGAGGCUUCUGAAAUUGGCUUUUUUGUGUAAAAUAAUUAUUGUCUUUUCUGACGGUACUUUUUCUAUUAUUUUCAACUUCUCCAAAAAAAAAUCUUUUAUUAUUGAUAAGACUAAACGAAAAAACUCUACUUUUGCAUAGAACUCUAUCUUUGAGUAGAAUGUCGAGAUUUGAUAGAUAGUCUGGAUGAUAAGUUUAUUUUCCAGGAACGGAACGGGGCCUUCGUCGGAUGGCGCUGCGUGGUGCACAAGGACGACGAGCGGACGAUGAACGUGAUCCCGAUUCUGAUGGCCGGCGGCGCGACGAUCAACAUCGUCGACGACUUCUUGGACGUCCUCUCGACCCGACCUCGCUUCGUCUUCGUCUCGAGUUCCUUCCCCUGGGAUCGCGAGGUCAUUCCUUCCCUUCCCUUGACCGGAAACACACUUGCAGUUCGUCUGCGAAGCGGUUGCGAUGCGUUCAGGCGCCAAUUCAAAAAUGAUCGCAAUAGUUGAAGUUUUGAACUUGAAUAUAGUUGAUGUUUAAAGUUAGUUUUUACCUCAAAAAACUCGGAAAGAUCGAAAAUUGGCGCCAAAAACGCUCCCAAAGCGCUUUUUCUUGUCCAUAUUCUAGACUCCUUUCAAAGAUUUUUCGAAUACACUUUUUUCAGAGCAUGAAGCGACUGAAACACGCGGACGUGCCUCUUCUCAAUUUCGAGUACAUUUUCAUGUAUUUGGUCAAUGAAAAUGUCUCCAUCGAAUCUUUCCCGUAUAAAUAUGUUGACUAUUAAUUUUAGUACUAAUUUUUUUCAAUUUAUUUUCGAAAUCUGUAACUACUUGUUGUAUUUUUUUAUUUUUUUCCGAAUUUACGAGUUUCCCAUCACUUUUUGGCUGUGAAUUUCGCUCAUCUGUCGUUUUUUUACAUUCCACUUUAUUAUUUUAUUUUCAAAUUUUUAAUUAGAUUUAAAUUCAAUCUUAACUUGUAACUUAUGCUUUCAUUAAUUUUUAAGGAUCUCUGUGCGAAUAAAAUUACCCCAUUUUUUAUCGUUUUUCUCGCUUUUUUGGUAUAAAGUUCUCCGAUAGGGGAUCUUUUAAUACCUUUCAUACAAUCAAAUUUUUUCCAUAAAUUUCCGAUUUUCAGGCGGAUGUUUUUUAGCGGAAGGCGUUUUUGAAGGCAAAUUUAUUAGAGAAGGAGGAUUUUUCUUUUUGGGAUCAGGUUGGUUUUUUUUUUUUGCUUUAAAGAGUCCCUAUAGCGAUCACUCUGGCGUUCCUAUGUUACAUGUUAGAUGGAACUUUGAAAAUUAAAAACAAUAGUUAUUCAAGGAAGUCUAGAAAAGUUCGCGUAACUUUACAGUUCCAAAGAAAAUUUUUUUAGCUGGGUAAUAUUCGUUUUUCAUCAAUUGUCCUACUUCAUCUAAAACUCUGAAAUUGUUCGUUUUUAUUAUCCUUAACUUUUUUUCAAACUCCUGAAGAUUGAUCAAAUUAGCAAUUAAUGAAGAAAGAAACAGAGAAAUGAAUCGAAUCGGACAUGAACUUUUUUUUUAAACAAAUCGUAUUUAGGAAAUUUUUUGUAUUUUUCCUGUUUAUCCCCUUUUUUGAGUUCGAAUAUUCUCAGACCGUUUCAUUCUGUCCAGAUUUUGAAUUUUAAGCUGUCGCUCAAACCCUUAACCAAUUAGAGCGCGAGAGCCUUUCCGAAUGACGUCAUUGAAAUUAAAAAUAUGAGCAGAUUAUAUCGAAAAUUCUCUUCAAAACGGCUCUAUUUUCAGAUAUGUCGCUGCACGCGCCGACGACCAAAAUGCGGACGGCACCUAGUUUAUUAAAACCGCCUUCGAAGCCGCUUCUGUCCUUGUCGGACCAUGAUUGCUUAAGGACACCUACGAUGAGCGAUAUGUUGAAGGUUCGUCCAUUGCGUUGCCCCAAUAGGGACCACUCUAUCCCCUCCUAAGUUGUUUAGACUUUUAAUGUUAAGCAGAUAACUCGGCUUGCCUGAAUUUUACCUCUAUAGGGGGGUUAUUUUUGUUUUAAAGAGAACGGUUUUUCCCCCUUAAACCCUAGAGGGACCACUCUGGCCUUUCUAAGAACGAUUUCCGGACGCGUUUUAUUAGAAAUAAAAAUAAUCCAUGCGGAUUCAGCCUAGAUUAUUUUGUUCUAAACUUUUUAAAAAUAAUUUCUCUCAAAAAAAAACUCCUCUUCCCUGGAAAACUCAAAUCCUUUGUUGAAUUUCUCGUUUUUUUUUCAUCCAAUACAGUUGACGAAAAGUUUUGAAAGGCAAAUCUCCGUGCAAAUGCUUCAAUUUGGCCUGCGUUCCGAAAAUAUUGCCUGAGUCGUUUUGGAUCGCAGGAAAUUUCGAACUUUGAAGUAUAAUACUCCUUUCACCACUAACACAUUUACUUUUUGCUCUGGAUUUUUCUGAAACUUGGCCUUUGAUGAUAAUCGAAGGUGCGCAAAAUUUCAAUGAUUAAAUCAAAAACACAGUCUUGAAUCAUCUUUUUUAUUACUUGGAAACAAUGCAGAGUCCUUAGGAAUCUCCUGAAAAACUGGUCGGAAAACUCUUGGAUGAUAUCCUGGAAGUCACAACCUGCAAAACUGUUUUUUUUUCUAGAAAUGAAAACUCCAAAUCCUCAAAUUGUCCGUUUUAAUGGAUUUUAAGGAUUUUAUUUGAUUUUUUGAUGUCCUAUCCCAAAAAAUAGGCAGUUUUGCAAGUUGAGACUCCCAGGGUCUAUUCCUGAUAUAUCGACUAGCGCUUCAGCCAAUUUUCAGGAAAUUCCCAACCAAAAAGCAGAAAGAUUCUCCAUGUUCAAUAAAGCACUAAAAGAUGAAAAGUAAAUCGAUUCUCCAGACGCCGACGAUCUUGAGCUCGCCGAAGCAGACGCCGCUGACUCUGGAGGGCACUCCGCGGUUUCAGCAUUUCAGCGGUUUCACCCCGCAAAACAACCAGACCUUCUUCGGCGAUCACGAGCCCCUUUUGACCGGUGAGAUCGUCGCCAACAAGACCCGUUUCAUCACAAUAUUGUCGGGAAACUCUGAUUUUUGGGAGGAAUGCUGUAAUUUUACAGUUGCAGGCUAUUCCGAAUCAAGCUUGUGGGAAAAUUUGAGAAUAAUCUAUGUUUUUUUUUUUUUCAGAGAACUCAGGUAUCGAGAAAUCUUUUUUAAAAAUACGGAAGAUUGCUGUUUGUCGAUAGAUUUACUGGGAAAGCUUCAUUUUACUGUAAAGUUUACUUUUGAAUUUUUAGAAAUUUCGCCAAAUUCAUUCGUAGUAUUUUUAAUUUUAAGGGAUUCAGUUUUUUUCAAUAACCAAAUCAUAAGAAUAAAAUUUUUGAAAAAAAGCAAUUUAGUGGGGGAAAAAAAGUUAGUUGUUUAAAGUUAUAGAGAAUGGAAUAACAGUAGUUUUUAAUUUUUGAGCUCGAUAAGAGGUCCUGCUUGAGUUUCAGGUGAAACUGACUGUUUGAGUUACCUUUGAGGGUAGAUUAAUGAGUAACAAUUAAACUUCCUCAAAAUCCUCGGAAAAAUAGACUCUGGCGUGUCUUGAAAUCACUGAAAAGGUAGUUGAGGUUCCGAAUUUUUACUUCCCAUUUCUUGAAUGUCUCACAAGGGAGGUCAUUUGACUUUGCGACUGGGAAUUUCCUGAAGUUUGGCCAAAAAUUCCUUGACACACCAAAAGAAGCUUCCGAGUCUCAACCUGCAAAAGUUUCCUAUGUUUCAGGGAACAUUGAGAUUCAAUCGAUAACCCACCAGGCGAUGCCGGGUCCUGUCCAUCAUCAUCAGCUGCCGCCGCCGACGACCACCACGAACCUUCCGGUUCCAAAUCAUGAACGUGGGAAAUUCCCUUUUUAGUCAGAAAAUGAACUGAUUCAAAAAUGAAAUAACCUUGAAAGCUAUCGAAAUUCGUUUAGUGGCCCUUUCGGGGUUUUGACGUUUUAGUGACCACUGUAGUGGUCAAAUUAGUAACCUCUUUAGAAGUCUAAGCGAUACUACUAGACUACCAAAACUACUACAGUUUUCACUAAGACGCAAAAUAGUGGCUUCCAUAGAGGUGUUUUGAGUGGCCACUUUAGUGUCCUCUCCAAGUAGUCUUUGAGGAACCUUAUAAGCGGUAGCUUUUGCAUUAUACUAAAAAAAAAUCAUCAGCUCCACCUACGAUGGUUUCUUAAAAUAGUUUUUAUUUUUUUAAAAACUCAUUUGUAUUACAUUUUUUUUGUAAGUGAGAAAACUAUUUAUGUUGAUUUCAGUUUUUGAAUGUCUUUUCUCAUCGACUAGCUUAUUUUGAACGAUUUAGAAAGCCUGAUCCCAACUGGAAGUGUUCCCGGGAGCAGUUCGGGCGGAAUUUCGGCCCGAAGAGAAAAAACGACGAUUCAGUUCAAUGGGACCAUCACGACGAACAUGCCCGUCGGCUUGAGCGGCGGAUUAAAUUCUCCGGGUACUCAAUUGGUUUCUUAAUAACAAAAAAAAUAGUUCAUUCCAUUAUAUUACAUUCCAAAUUUAUCUAAAAACGGCAUUUAAAAUUGAUUUUCUCAGGUCUAUCCGCCUCGAUGUUCCAAUUUUCGCCGAUGGUUGAACAUUUCCUUCAGUCUCUUUCUAAGGUUCAAAUUUUCCAUUUUUCUCUCAUAAAUUCGUUAUUUUUAGAGUAGUGGUUUGCCUGAUUUGACAAUUGUCGAAUCUAAAAUCCCCGGAUUGAAUAGUGAUUCGAGCGAUUUAAUGAAGGUUGGUGCUAGAUUAUUUUAAAAUUUCAAGAAGAAUGUAUGACGGGAGAAGAAAAUGGGAAGUUUGUUCUUGUACGGAAAAGAACAAGAAAAAGCAGAAUUUAUGGCUAAUUUGGCUGGCUUGAGCUUUCGAAAAGAGGGUCCUGACACGAUAUGAAAAGAGAAAGUGUAUGGUUUUGGGAGAGCGCAGACAGGCCACGCCCUCUUGAAUCUCAAGCUAGCCGUGAUUCGGCUCCUGAUCUGACGUCAAUUAAAACCCAAAAAUUAUAUAAUUUUUUUGCUCAAAAACUGAACGUGAACUAAAAUUUCGCAGAACGGCACGGAAACAAAAGAGAAAGAUGGGACGCCGCCGGGCAACAAAAGGCGGACCAAGGGCCAGUCCCAGACCCGCCCGCCCCCUCUUCAGGUUCAUUUCUCGGCUUUUUCUUCUUUUUUUCGUUUAUUCAGAAGUUGUUUGAAAUUGUUUUGGAUAUUAAUAAUAAUAAUAAUAGUUUGAUUCACAAGAAGAGAGAGAUGGAAAAAUUGAAACUGAAAAUCGAAUCGACUUUUUCUCCUUGAGUUUUAAAACUUUUGGGUAAUGAUCGAAUUGGUUUUAAAUUCAAAAAAAGACAUGUUUACUUCUCUCCUAAUUUUUUCGUUCUUUGAGCUAAAAAUUUAAUUUGCGGUUUUUCUGCUCAUUUCCUGCUGUUGAUUGUUUCUGUGAACAGUUUUUUUUUAAUACGGGAUUUUCUCAAUUUUUUUUUCACCUCGUAGGUCUUUUUCAGAAUAUGAAAAGCUCGUCGAAUUUAGGUUUUUCCAUAUUUUCUCAAUUUUAUAGAACUUUGUUUAGUGAAUUUUUUUCCAGAAAUUCGAGAGAAAUAUCCUAUUUUUUUCUGUUCGUUCCAAACGAAAUUUAUCUCUUUUAAGGGCAUAAAUCAGUGUCAUCCGGGACCGGCACAGCCGCCAAACAUUCCAGUAACGUCGUCUUUUGGUAGCCAUCACUAUAGGUACCCUUGGAAACCAAAAAUGUACACAUUUUAUGAUUUUCCUUUCUCUCAGUGACUCGAUGAUGUUCGAGCCCAAACCGGAACCCAUCGACGACUACACCUAUGGCCAACAGAUGUACCCCCAACAUAUGGGUGAGUUAAUCAGGGAGAUAUUUGAAAAAUGUCUUCUUUUAAUGGCUAUAGUAUGAUAUUUCUGGUCUUUACUGCUACUAUUUUCUAGUUUUUCUACAAAAUUCCAUGUAAAAGUCGGAUAAAAGGAGAUCUUUUAAAUAUACUUCUGGGCGGUCUUUGAAAGAUCUCUCAAGGAGUUCCUUGAAGGGACCCUUGAAAGACCCCUUAAGAAGCUGAGAAUCACACUAAAUUUGCAGAUACAAGCGAUUAUAUGAUGGGACGAAUGCCACCUUCGCCUGAUGAUAUCAAGUUGGGACAGGUAAAGAAAAAUGAGAAGAAAGUGUGAUAAAUAUGAUAAGGAUAUACAAAAACAGAAAAAAGUGUCCAGGGGUUAAUAUCAAGCUUUAAAAAUGGUUUCUACUUCAAAAGUUUUUAUCAAGAUUUUUUCUAAAAUAGGUUACUAUCUGGAUAUACCGGCUAACUUCAAAUAAAACCGCAAUGAGAAUUUUUUUUUAAAGAUGUUUGGUAAGAUGAAAAAAGAAAGUUUAUUCAAAGGUUCUGAGAUUUUAGCAUUUUUUCUUGGUAUAUUUACGAGAUAAUUGGAAUUUAAAUAUCGAAAAAAAGAGUGAAGACGGCUGUCAAUAGUCAUUAUAAACGUCCGGAAACUCAAAAAGGAAGGUUUUAGUAGGGAAUGUUGGGCUUCAAAAAUCGUAUUUUCAACUAGCAAGUUUUCCUGCUUCAGAAUAUUUAAAUCAGCUUUUUUUGAACAAGACAAUGAUUCUGUGCCGUUUUUGUUGGGUUGAAAUUUUUUUCAAUUUCAAAAUGUUUUCUUGAAAAAAGAAGUUUCAGAGCACGGGCGGCUCACAAGACCGACCUUAUAAAUGUCCGAGGGAAGGCUGCGACAGGAGAUUCACGAGAAGCGACGAACUGACCCGCCACAUUCGGAUCCACACCGGCCAGAAGCCUUUCCAGGUAUCAUUUUCCGACUUUUAGUAGUUCAGAUAGCGCGAAAUUUCCGCAUCUAGAAGCUUUUGAAGGAAUCUCUUUGCAAAAAAAAAUAUGAUUAUCUUUUUCUUUGGGAUAUUUUAAAGCCGAGAAAGAAUAUAUUAAUAGCAAAUUUUUUUGCCGGCUUGCAAGGCGAGAUUGGUAAAUUAGCAGAAAAAUAAGGUUUUUUUCGUUUUUUUAAACGUUUAUCCGUUGAAUUGAAUUUUUUUAUAAGCUUUUAAAAAUCUCAAAGCAUUUGAAAAAAACUCUUUAAAAAUAAAAAAAGACGUGAAAGGGGGGGCGUUUGACAUAGAGUUUCCCGCGCACAGACCACGUCGUCUUUGCCAAUCUCCCCUCUCAAGUCGCGACGGAUUAACAACCAUUUCAAAACUGGUGAAGAAAAAGAAAAAGUCAAAACUUUGCAGUGCCGAACCUGCAUGAGGGCCUUCUCGCGGUCCGACCACCUGACGACGCACAUGCGGACCCACACCGGCGAGAAGCCCUUCACCUGCGACGUCUGCGGUCGCAAGUUCGCCCGAAGCGACGAACGCAAGCGACACACCAAAGUGCACAAGGUGGGUGAAACUGUGCACCCGACCGACGACGGUUUUGAUUGUUUUGGGAUUAAGCUCGAGGGCAAGUCCAAGGCCACGCCCCCGUCCUUCUCCAGACGAAACUCGGCCGCCCAACAAGGUCGGCUCAUGAUGCCCGAAUAG